AUGAUGCCUCUAAAGUUUGCUUUGUGUCUGACUUGCCUGGCACUUGGUAGUGUAGCUCAGAAGACUAACCUGAAAUCCUCAGUUUAUGUGCGUCAACAAAGUGGUUUUGUGUCGCCUAGCGUUGGUGACAAAGUGACUUUGCAAUGUUUCUACGAAGAAGACGCAGUGAUGUCUUACUGGUAUAAACAAUCUCUGGGACAGAAUCCAAAGCUUGUUUCUAAAUUUUAUAAACAUGAAAAAAGUGGCACGUUUUACAGUGAGUUUGAAAACAAUUCUCGUUUCUCACUAGACACUGGAAAUGGUAACAAUCACUUGAUCAUUUCAGAUAUACAGAUUUCGGACUCAGCUACUUAUUACUGCAUUGGUAUCUAUGUAUAUGACUUUGAAUUUUCUGAAGGUGUUACUGUCAGUGUAGAGGGUUCAGGGAUAAACAUCCAAACUUUGCUCCAUCAGUCUGAGCCGAUGGUUCCAUCUGAAACUAUUCAGCCUGGAGGCUCUGCUCUGAACUGUAUUAUACACAAACAUACCUAUGAUGGAGGCCACAGAGUUUACUGGUUCCAGGACUCCACCGAAUCCCAUCCUGGACUCAUUUAUGCCAACGGAGUCAGGAGUGAUGAGUAUGAGAAGAGGCCUAAGAUACAAACACACACCUGCUUCUACAACUUACCCAUGAAAAGUCCUAAUCUGUCUGAUGCUUCGAGCUACUGUGCUGUUGCCUCAUGUGGACACAUACUGUUUGGAGACCGGGAAGAGCUCCACUUAGAGCAUGAGCACUCUGUUGUCUUGGUGUAUUUCCUGAGUGGAGCGUUGAUAAUUACCAUUAUCCUGCUGCUUAUACUGUCAUACGCAGCACUGACGAUUAAUAUCAAAAUGAAACGCCAAAACUCUCAAGCAAGAUCUGCAAAUGCCUCAACUCCAAAUACAGAAGGCAACCAAGAUUCAGACAACCUCCAUUAUGCUGCUUUGAGGGACCACAAGGUCAACCGAUCCAAGAGACAAAGAGACAACACAAACACCGAAUGUGUGUACUCCAGUGUCAAACAGUAA